AUGCUCGACAUAGAGGGCUUAAACAGAUUCAAAACAAAACACUUGAAAAAUCCACACUUAGCACGCUCAACUAUCGAAACACUACAAAAAAAGGCCAGAUAUGCUCUCGAAAACCCUCAUCCAUAUUCAGUCAUCAACUCUUCUAUUACGGCUCCCAAUGGUAACAAGCAUGAAUUCUAUUCGUUGGCUGCAUACUGGUGGCCAAAUUGUAAGGGCAUUGAGAACGUGCAAGACCCAGAUAAAGAAUGCCCGUAUGUGCGAAAGGAUGGCCAAUGGGUUCCAGACAUAAAAAAGGCAACUGAUCCCGAUGACUUUAACGAAAUGACGGCGGACGUUACAACGCUAGCGGUUGCAUAUACAAUAUUUGGCGAUGAAAAGUAUGCAGAAAAGGCUGCUCACCUUUUGAACACUUGGUUCUUAAAUCCCGACACAUAUAUGAAACCUUCGGUAAACUUUGGUCAAGUUAUACGUGGUAGAAAUCAUAAUAAUCAAGGCAGAUCAGAAGGCAUAUUGGAAUUAAGAACCUUAGUAUACAUCCCUCAAGCCCUCGCUCUGAUCGAGAAAUCACAAAAUGUGGGCACAAAUUUAACGAGUUCACUCAAAUCAUGGUUUAAUCAAUACUCCACUUGGUUGGUCACAUCGUCUCUGGGCGUUAAAGAAAGGCGUCAUCCCAAUAACCACGGCACAUUCUACAUUGCCCAAACAGCAACAUGUUUGCAUUUCGCGGGCAGAAACGCCGAGGCACGCAACUUGAUUAACGCCUUUGCUGACGGCUAUUUCAAAGCGCAGAUAAACAAGGAGGGAAAACAACCGCUAGAAGUUGCACGCACAAAAGUAUAUCAUUACGAAUGCUUCAAUCUGAUUGCAUUGGUAUAUAUCGCCCGUCUGUCGAUAAAGCUGGAUGCUACUAACUUGUGGGAAACCCAAACUAAAUAUGGUGUAACAAUAAAAGCGGCCGUUGAUCGCUUGGUUCAAGUCACCAAUGAGCUCUUGGAUGACAUGAAGGUUGGGAAAGAACUAAAGGAAAAGCUGUAUGCGUUUAGAACACCUCUGUAUGCGGCUAGAGAUUAUUACGGUGAUCCUGAUGGAGAGUAUGGAGCGCUUCUGGGCAAACUUCUCGAGCUGCCCGGUGGACCAAUUGAAUAUUGGACACUGUGGAGUCCAUAUACGUUAGAAGGCCUUUCAGAUGAUACAUACGAAACUUAUGCAGAAGAAUGGAAUCUUAUUGCAGAUUCGAUUGUCGAUGAGAAUAAUACCGACACUUACAGUACAAGUGUGGAAAACCGGUCUGGUAUAUCGCCUGUCGUGAUGCUUAAUGGUGGAAUACUUGCUGCCAUUUUUAUGGUUUGGUUGUCAAGGAAGCAGAAAAAAAGGUCGCUUGUACGUUUGCUGGCUAUAAUGGCUUGUCUGUGUGUUGUAGCUGCUUUUUAUCAUCUUAUUCUUAACGGAAUGUAG